AUGGGGUGGGAAUAUGCCCAAGUACAUCUAAAGUACACGAUACCGCUGGGUAUCAUUCUGGGUGCUGUUUACAGACCGUUACUGUCGAGAUUGGAUGUUUUCAAGCUUGUGUUUAUGAUAACGAUUGCUGUCGUUUCAACCAUUCCUUGGGACUCUUAUCUGAUCAGGAACCGGAUAUGGACAUAUCCUCCUGGUGUCGUGGUCGGAUUGACAGCAUGGGAUAUCCCCGCUGAGGAGCUCUUCUUCUUUGUGAUCCAGACUCUGAACACGUCUUUUCUCUAUAUGCUCCUCAGCAAACCCACCUUUCAUCCAAUCUACCUGGGUAAGAAGACCACUUGGGGUAAAAUCGCCGGCCAGGUCCUCUUCGCGUCUGCUAUCAUUUUCGGAGCGGUUUCCGUCUCUCAUGGUGGUGAGGGGAUGUAUCUUGGUCUUAUCCUCAUUUGGGCGUGCCCAUUCCUCUUGUUUCUAUGGACCAUUUCUUAUCAGUUCAUUGUGAAUUUACCCUGGACAAAUACCGCGCUUCCAAUUGCUCUGCCAACUCUUUAUUUGUGGGUGGUUGACACGUUCGCGUUGCGACGAGGAACGUGGAGUAUUACUUCCGGCACCAAAUAUGGCUUCGUUCUAUGGGACGGUCUUGAUAUUGAGGAGGCCGUUUUCUUUCUUCUCACCAACACUUUGAUUGUCUUUGGCCUUGUUGCUUGUGAUAACACACUAGCCAUCCUUGACACAUUCCCUGAGCAUUUCCCUCGAACAAAGGGCUUGCCCAAUCUCAUUGUAAUUAUCAAGGCUCUUCUUUUGCCCAAGGAGAAGUACGACCAGGAGCGCAUCUCAGGACUUGUCAGCGCAGUUGAUCUGCUGAGGAAAAAGAGCCGAAGCUUUUACCUCGCCAGUGGCACGUUUGAAGGGAGACUUCGCAUUGAUCUCAUCCGUCUCUACGCAUUUUGCCGGGCUGCUGACGACCUUGUUGACGAGGCUUCUUCCGUGGAUGAGUCUAGAGCCUAUAUCGAGAAGCUGAGAAAGUUUCUAGAUUUGGCCUAUGAGGAGAACGAGGAAGAAAUCACUCCACGACUACGCAAGUAUGUCACAUCUAACUUCCCGGAGAUGUUCCACAUGGCUCUUCUUCAACUACCUACCUUUUAUCUACCUAAGCAACCCCUAGAUGAUCUGCUCAAGGGUUUCGACACCGACCUUGUCUUUGACAAGAAGUCUGGAGGCUUUCCUAUUGAGACCACUGAUGAUCUGGAUGUCUAUGGAAGCCGUGUCGCCGGAACUGUUGCGGAGCUCUGCAACCAUCUCAUUUUGUACCAUACCCCUGAAGUUCUUUCUGAAGAUACCCAGCGCGACGUUGUGGCUUGUGGCCAGGAAAUGGGCAUCGCGCUACAAUAUGUCAACAUCGCUCGCGACAUCAAGACUGAUGCUGACAUCGACCGAGUCUACCUCCCUCUUGAGUGGCUCAAGGAAGCCCAGCUCACACCCCAGGACGUGAUUAAGCAGCCAUACGGACCUACGAUUGAGAGCCUGCGUCAGAAGUUACUUGACCGUGCUUUUGAAAAGUACAACAUGGCAAAGAGUGCGAUUGAUAAGCUUCCUUCAGAAGGAAAAGGUCCAAUCCGAGUUGCUGUAGAGAGCUACAUGGAAAUUGGACGUGUUCUCAGGGAAACAGGUCCAGUCUUGAAAAAGGGCCGGGCUACUGUUCCCAAGAUGAGACGCAUUCGUGUUGCCUGGUCUGCUUUGAAUCAAUAG